ACAACACAUGUACCUGCGUUGAUCACUUUUACAAGUUCAUAUUCUCCCGCAGCGUCGAAAAAGCGGUGUUCUCUUGUUUGAGUAAAACUAUUUAUUUUAAAUAAUUCGUAAUUGACACCUACUGUACCUACACAGCAAACAAAGAAACGAGGGGAGGGUUUUUGACAGGUUACUGUAACACUAUGGACAUCUCGUUGAUGUUGCUGCUUACUGUUACUUUGUUUUGUCCGGCUCGAUCGGAUUUGGUGACCUGUGAUGCAAGGCAGUAUCAGUGUGGCAAUGGAAAAUGCAUCACGACGCGAUGGAUCUGUGAUGAAACGGAUGACUGCGGCGACGGCACGGACGAGCUUCCCGCUGCCUGCUUGGCCAAGACGUGCAGACCGUCUGAAUUCAGCUGUGUUGGGCGACUCAACCAGUGUAUCCCUAGGACCUGGAGGUGUGAUGGCAAAAAAGACUGUGAGAACGGUGCGGAUGAGGAUGGCUGUGCACCUCGGCAGUGUUUGAAUGGUGAAUUCCGCUGUAGCAGCGGUCAGUGUGUGUCAAAGGCAUUCGUGUGUGAUGAGGAGGCAGACUGUGAUGACGGUACUGAUGAAGUCUCCUGUCCGCCUAUCACCUGUGGCUCCAGCUCCUUCAGAUGUGGCAACUCUCAAUGCGUGCCUCGGCUGUGGGUCUGCGACGGAGACACAGACUGUUCCGACGGCGCGGACGAAUCGCCCCAGAAAUGUGGUUCAAGUCCGUCAACGGCUCCCCAAAAUCACUGCUCCUCUAUGGAAUUCCAAUGUGACGAUGGGGAAUGCAUACACAAAAGUUGGAAAUGUGAUGGGGGAGAAGAUUGUUUGGAUCGGUCUGACGAAAAAAACUGCUCCUUGCCCAAAUGCCGACCGGAUGAGUUCCAAUGCGGUGAUGGCUCUUGUAUCCACGGCAGCCGUCAAUGCAACCAAGUGUACGACUGCAUAGAUUUAAGUGAUGAGCUGGGCUGCGUUAACGCAACCUAUUGUGAAGCCCCUCACAAGUUCAAGUGCCGCAGUGGUGAAUGUAUUUCCAUGGAAAAGGUUUGCAACAGGCAACGUGACUGUAGGGAUUGGUCCGAUGAGCCGCUACGAGAGUGUGAAUCGAAUGAGUGUCUGUACAACAACGGAGGCUGCUCUCACAUCUGUAACGACUUGAAGAUCGGUUAUGAGUGCCUUUGUCCCGCCGGCUACCGUCUGGUGGAAAAGAGACGGUGUGAAGAUAUUGAUGAGUGUGAAAACCAGGAAACCUGCAGUCAAGUCUGUGUCAAUCAGGUGGGCAGUUACAAGUGCGAGUGUGAGGACGGCUACCAGAUCGAUCCUGCCAGCAAGGCCUGCAAAGCUAUUGGAACCAUCGCAUACCUGUUUUUCACCAAUCGUCACGAGGUGAGGAAGAUGUCUCUGGAUCGCAGCGAGUAUGUGCGUGCUAUUCCCCGACUUAAGAAUGCUGUGGCGCUGGAUAUGAAUGUUGCUUCCAGAGAGAUCUACUGGUCGGAUUUAUCCCUGAAGAAGAUCUACAGAGCACCAAUGGAUUCUGCAGGUAACAGCUCUCAACACAGUAUUGUGAUCAACAGUGGCUUGGAUGCACCCGAAGGUCUCGCCAUCGACUGGAUCCAUGGAACAAUCUAUUGGACAGAUAGCAUCCAAGGCGCCAUCUCAGUGGCGACCGUGGAUGGAAACAGACGCAAGACACUUUUCAAAGAAAACCUGGCCAAGCCACGUGCUAUAGUGGUGGACCCUAUGAAAAACUUCAUGUACUGGACUGAUUGGGGUACGCCGGCCAAGAUUGAAAGAGGUGGUCUUAAUGGAGGCGAUCGUACCGCCCUGGUUACAGAUAACAUUGUCUGGCCAAACGGAAUCACCCUUGACCUGCUGAACCAGCGUCUGUACUGGGUGGACUCCAAACUACACACACUCUCCAGUAUCAGCGUGCAAGGAGGUGGUCGACGUACUCUAAUCAUAGACCAAGACAAUCUGGCUCACCCUUUGGGUCUCACCGUUUUUGAGGAGAAAGUGUUCUGGACCGAUGUGAGCAACAAUGCAAUUCUGAGUGCAAAUCGCGUGACGGGAAGAGACAUUACAAGAGUAGCAGAACAUCUGUCGUCUCCAGAAGAUAUCGUGUUGUACCAUAACCUCAAACAACCUGGUGGAAUAAACGGGUGCAGGAUCAACAACGGAGGCUGUGAGUUCCUCUGCCUGGCCGCCCCUCAGAUCAACAGAUUUUCACCCAGGUACACUUGUGCCUGUCCGGACCACAUGAUGCUGGGCAGAGACAUGAGAAAAUGUGUUCCAGCUGUGAUUACACCAGCAACGCCCCUCAGCCCUAAAAUGAGUACAACUAGUCAUCCACAAGAACCAUCGCAGACGUCCCUAAAACCUGCUGGUCCUUUUACUACCCGUUUACAACCUGCCGCCACCAAACCCUCCCAAAUCAGCACUCAACAUCCAUCAUCUACCCAGACAGAUGAACACUCUGGUGAUGUAAAAGCUGUCACAAAAACGACUCCCACUCCGAUGGUUCUGUAUAUUGUGUUAAUUCUCGUUCUCCUCUGUUUGGCUGCAUUUGGUGGUGUGUUGUUCUGGAGAAAGUGGCGACAGAAAAAUACCAACAGCAUCCAUUUUGACAACCCCGUUUAUCAAAAGACCACUGAGGACAAGGUGCAUUUAUGCAGGAACCGUAGUUCUGAUGGCUACUUUCAGCCUCAGCAGCAGUCUGUGAGCCUUGACGAUGAAAUCUGAUGACAGUGAGGUCCAUGCUGACUCUGUUUCAAGAAAGGCCAUAAUUAAUGUCUUCGCCAUGCUUUGUGGUCAAAACAAACAUUUGAGGAACAAUGGAGAUGCUGCAAAAGGAGGUUUUUGAAGCAAAAAAAUCCAGGACUCCAACUUUAAAUCAAAGAUAAAACAAAGAAACCUCAAACAACAACAACCUCAGUUUAGCACUUCCCUAAUAUGAAUUAUAAAAAAUGAGAUUAUACAUGUUUAUAUAUGAUAAAUUUUUUAACAGCACUUAAGAAUCAAGGUUUCUUUUCACGAGGUAUAUAUAAGUUAUUGUGGAAGCUGUUUUGUAUUGCUAUAUUUUACAGGGAUACGUUUGAAGUUACGGCAAGAUAUGAAAUAAAAUUUAAAUGAAUACAUUCAAUUUUAUUUUAACGCAUUUAUCAUAUUGCGUUAAAGAUUUUUCAUAUAGGCUACUGUAUUUUGAUUUUUGCAUGAUGCAUAUUGUUAAUGCAAUAUGUGAAUAUAAUAUGGCACUUAUUUUGAAAAACACUAACAAAUUCUGAACUUUAUGUCAGUAUUUAUAUUCUUAAAAAGAUCUUGUUUACAGAAUAAUCUAAUUCAAAUUGAUGAUAGCAUUUUGAUUUCAUGAAUUACACAUUUUGCCUGACAAAAUCUCCCCCCAAAGAUUUUUUUGUCCAUCAUUAAGGUAAAAAUGAUUUCCUAUUUUCAUAAUGUUUAUUUUCAGCAAGUUUUUGAACAUGCAGAAGAACUUUAAAUCUAUCCACCAGAUCAGUUUUCUCAUCACUUUUAAAAAGUUCUUCUCAAUCACAAAGGAACACUUAUAAUACUUUACCGUGAUUCUAUUGUAGUAAUACAAUGUCUAGUGACUUCGGUUUUAAAGGUAAUGUGAGAUAUUCCUUGUAAAUAAUCCAUUCAGGGACUUUUAUAUUACAAGUAUGGCAGUUUUCAGAUAUGUUAAGGCAUUUGUUUUGUUUUCAUGGCAAAAAUCAUCCAUGGUUUUGAUAAAGUACCACAGUUGAGUUAUGAUUGUGACAGUAAACCGACUGUCACAGGAGUUGCACUUGUGGUUAUGUCCUGUAAUUAUUUGUUUUGCCGUCGUUCAAUAGAUCAGAUCAUCAAUAAGGUACCCUUUAAUGGCCAAUUGUUUUACACCCUCCAUAUGAAAGUGUAAAUAUUGUAUUCAUGUUUGUAAAUAUGUUUAUUGUUGCAUAUCGAAUUUGUAUUUUUUUAAGUAUCCGGUAUUGUAUAUAAAGAAAUGUUUUUAUUUAUUUUGAGAAUCCAAAUCUGUGGUCGAUAAUUGCCUUCCGUUUCUGUGUACAAUGCCUAAUUUUGUUUGUAUGCUAACCGUUUAGCAUAAAAUGCAUAUGUUUUCUGUACAUUUUAAGUAAUUGAUGUAGUUUAAAAAAUGAUUCAUGUUUGGAUUUGUAUAGUACUGAUGUAUUUCCUGUUAAAGCAAUCGAAAAAAUCUUUGAACUGUGAAUGAUUUUUUUACCUGAAAUAAUAAUGAGAAUACUUUUA